UCCUCCUCCUCCUCCUCCUCCUCCUCUUGGUCCUCCUCCUCGCAGCCGGAGCCCUUGGCCCAACCUGGUCGGCCUGCAGGACUCGGCCAGAACCUCGGCGACAAUGGCCCCGAUGCGCAGCGCCGCUGUUUGCCUCGCCGCGGUCGGCGCGUGGAACUUGCUCUCGCAGGCCUUCGUGUCCCCCGGGCUGGGCAAGUCGUCUCGCGCGGGCCGCGUGGCCAUGCGAGCAGCGGAGAACACGGCCGGCGGCGGAUAUCCGAGGGGCCCCUUGGUGGUGUACAUGAACGCGCUCAUGGACGCGGCCGCGAAGUCUAGCGAGAGCGUGGUAGUCACGAAGGACGUGAUGAGGUACAAGAAGCUUUCGGAGUCGAUGGACGGGGACAUGAAGUUCGAGUUGACGGCGGCGCUCAACGAGCCGGCCAUCAGCUUGACUGGGCAGGCUGCAGCCAUCGUCAGCGUCAUGGGCCCAUGGGAGUCCACCGUGUUCCCCAAGUUCGUCACGUUCCUCGCCAAGAAGAGGCGCAUCAAGCAGCUGAGGGCGAUUUGCGAGGAGUACGUGUCGCACCUGUACCAUCAGCAGUCCAUCGAGCCCGUCACUGUGUUCUCGGCGACGCAGCUAACGGACGAGCAGGUUGAUAAGAUCAAGGCGAAGAUGGCGGCGAAGCUCCAGGUCCGCGAUAUCAAGCUCGUCCAGAGGGUCGACAUGAGCCUCCUCAGCGGCUUCAAGAUCGAGUGGGGCUACACGGACCCGGAGAACCCGCUGGUCGGCGCCGAGUCGAUCGAUUUGUCCCUCAAGUCCGCGCUCGAGGAGGCCGCCAUCUCCGCGCGCUGAGGGGCGGGCGGCACCACGCCAGCGAGGGGGCCCCAGAGCUCUACAGGCCGCGAGACCAUGCCCCAACCCCCCUGGCAUCCCACUGCUCCCUCCCUCCAUCCCUCCCCUCCCCUCUCCUCCCGUCCUCGGAAGGGGGGGAAGCGGCACUACCAUCACCAGCGGGCCACCUCCAGCGAGGAGGCCCACGAUGCCCUCCCGAGCGGGAGGCUGCAGGAGCCUCGGCCAAGGCGACGCGGGACACCAGGACCACACCACCAAGGACAAGCCGGCGAUCCGCUCGCAGUUGUUCCCGUCGGCGUAAUCAGGGGGGAG